AUGGAAACCCAAUUUGCUGAGAGGCCACUCUCGCUGACCGAACAUCAGGGACAGAGUCAACAAGAGGUCGGCGAAGACUCUCAUAUCAUUUGUCCUGAUCAGUUUGUAUUGCUGAAAAUGCCAAGUGGAAACGUUAAAGCAGUAAGACUCAAGAAAGACACCCAAGUAUCUCUCGGCAAGUUUGGUAAUUUUGAUACCAAUAGCAUUAUCGGACAUCCUUACGGAUACUCUUAUGAAAUUUACGAGGGAACGAAAGCCAAGAUUAUAAAGAAUGUUGCAUUUGUCGAUGUUGACGAUACUGAAGCGAACAAUAAAGACAUUGUGGAUGAUCCAGCAAAACAAAAUUUAUCUCAUGAAGAAAUCGAAAGAAUGAAGCAAGAAGGAGUAGGCGGACAAGAAAUUAUCAAGAAGGUGGUUGAAGGUCAUUCGACUUUUAAUAAAAAGACAGAAUAUUCCAAGGCAAAGUAUAUCAAGCGUAAAGAAGCGAAGUUUUCAAAAGUUUUUACACCCGUUAAGCCGACUUUGUACUCCGUGUGGAGCUACGUUUAUAGUAAUCGCCCAGAGAAGAUAAGAGAUCUUCGAAUAGACACACUGUCUCAGAUUCUAACUUUGGCGAAUGUGCACGCGAAUGCCAAAUAUAUUGUAGUAGAUGAUGUUCGGGGAAUGUUGAUUUCCGGGGUAAUGGAGAGACUGGGAGGAUAUGGUUUUGUUUUGGGAAUUCACGAGCACGAGACACCUAAUUAUGAUAUAAUAAAGUACAUGAAUUUUACGAAGAAGAUUACUGAUUCACUAAAGACAUUGUCGUGGAUACAGGUCUUUAAAGAUGACAAUGAACAGGAUUUCUUAUAUAAAGAUGAAUCGAAAUUAGAAGAGAAAGAUCUCGAAUAUUAUUUGCGUAAGAAGAUGCGAUACGAAAGACUUAAUGAUGCAAGAGAGGCUCUUUGGCAAGGGGAAUUUGAUGGUUUACUGGUCGCCAGUCAAUAUCAACCGAAGUCGAUUCUAGAGGCUUUGCUUCCCUACGUAGCGGGAUCGAGACCAAUUGUAAUAUAUUCUAUACACAAAGAGGUAUUGGUAGACGCGUUCACUUAUCUUCGAAUGUCUAAACAGUGUAUUAACCCCGAGAUUACCGAAAGUUGGUUACGCAAUUAUCAGGUAUUGCCUGGACGUACACAUCCAGAGAUGACUAUAUCCGGCGGUGGUGGUUAUAUCUUACACGCCAAGCGCAUUAUAAAUAACGAUGAUCCGGGCUAUGCUGGACCGUCUGUGGAAACUGUGAAACGGCAAAUAGAUAAAUCAUCUAGCAGCCAGGAUCAGAUGAUGACAGACGCGAUCGAGUAA